AUGCCUCGCUCUCAGGAUCCUAGCUGGCCGUCGGAUUUGUUCGGAGAAGGCAGCCAGGCUGUUCACCACCACGUCGACAUUCACGCCUUCCGCGAAGUGGCCCUCACUACGUCUGCCCAGGUUCUCGAGCGUCCGCUGACAGUCUGUAUAUCCUCCCUGGGCAGGCUUUCGAGACUGGAAGAACUCUGGGUGCUCCCAAAGCUCGUGCGCCGAUGGAUAGUGGGCCGCCCAGACCCUACAGUCCUAUGGAAGGCACUUCGCGCCUCGUAUAUGGUUGUGGACGUCUCCACGGCGUCGUCGUCCAUCCACCAGCCAUCGUUCGCGGCCCUCCAGAGGGAGCUCUUGAUCAAGGACUCGGCGAUGUCGAGUCUUGGUGACGACUCUCGUAUUUCGUUGUCGUUCCGAACACCGUCGCCCGGGGCAGCACCGAUCUGGGGACAAAGAAGUGAGACCAGACACCAUUACAGCUUUAUGUGUGUGUCACUGACCUGGCAUUGCAUCGGUGCCGUACUGGUGGCUGGUUUUAGGUGCACGACCUGGUGUGGAGAGCUUCCAUUCGCUGUUGUGCUGUUGUGCUGUGGCACGUUCCAGUUACUCGGUAUGUCGAUCCUCCAGACGUUGUCUUCUACGCUUUGAAAGAACAAGCUCUUCGAUGCUAGCUCGGCAGAAGUCAUUCUGUGAUGAUCUGAUUAGCGGUGAAGGUGCGACGCGAGAUUAAUCGCGUCGAGGCUUACUCGAAUAUCAGUGGCAAUGAGGUGAUGGGAGCAACAAUUGCGGAGCGUACAAGACCAACAGAGGCUUCAAAGCAACAACUCUGUAUGGGGAGACAGAAAGGGCGACAUGUAACGGUCUCCUCCUCUGGG